CCCAGGCUCAUCUCACAUUCUCGUCUGUUGUCAUGGCAGUAGCAUAUAGCAUGUCUACCCCUCCUCUCUUUCCAUCCUCGUCCGUCCCUAUCUUCUCCGCAUAAGAAACAUAAGAGAGUCGACCGGCGGGGAAACCGGCGGCUUAGAAUAUACCGGGUUUUGAAGAUUAAUGUGUGGGUGACCAGACACCUUGAUAGAUGGCGACUUGUGUUCAUGCAAGUCCCUGCAGACCUUUUUUCCAUGUCUCAAAUACAUCCCAAUCACACCAACAACCUCGAAUGCCCCGUGUCUUACCAGUUGGUGUUAAGUGUUUCCCUACAAUGUGUGUGAAACUUGCUUCAAUGUGCCCCCAAUAUGGACUUGUAUUGAAACACCGACAACAUGAAACUGCAACAAAAUACCAGCAAGGGACGCCUGUUUGCUUGCUUGGUGGCAAAGACAAGUCUGAAAGAGACAAUGAGUAUCAGGGUUCUUCGUGGAAUCCUUUUGAGAAGUUCAUGGGAAGUUUCAAGGGAAAGUCAGUAGAAGAUGUGUUACGGCAGCAGAUUGAAAAACAAGAAUUUUAUGAUGGAGGAAGUGGGAAAAAUCCACCUCGUGGUGGUGGUGGUGGUGGGGAUGGCUUUGAAGGAUCUGAUGAUGAAGGCUUUGCAGGAAUCAUGGAUGAAACUCUGCAAGUAGUCUUAGCUACCGUUGGCUUUAUUUUUCUGUAUGUUUACAUUAUUAGUGGGGAGGAAUUGACUCGUCUAGUGAAAGACUACAUCAAGUUUCUUUUGCGAGGAAGCAAGAGUGUUCGUUUAAAAAGAGUAAUGUACAAGUGGAAAAGGUUCUACCAGAGACUGACUGAAAAGAAGGAGGUUGACAAGUUAUGGCUGGAAAGGGCGAUUAUCAAUACCCCGACUAUGUAUGACAGCCCCACAAAAUACAGGCAAAUUUUAAGGUCCAUGUUGGCAUCAAAUGAAGAUGAGUGAUUUCACUCCUGCUAUUUCAGAGAGACGGCGUGUGCAAUGGUAGAAGCAAAAAAUUUAAGCCACAAAGGCUUUUGACAUCAGAUUUUUUUUAUUUUUGCACAGCAGUUUUGUAUAGUAUUUGAAAUAUAUACUUUCAGAUUGUUGGAGCAGGUGAUCAAAUUUCUUAGGAUUUUAAGAGUACAACUUAUAAUGAAAUAAACCAUUACGUAGUCCUUGGUAAGCACUUAUUCUUUGAUGGUUUCACUAAUUCAAGGUCUCCUCUUGUUGAUGAGUAA